AUGCUUGAGGCCCCUGAGGGAAUUGUAAAGGACCAUUGCAGCGUUCGUACGGAGAGAGAGCCCAGUCUUUACUUCGGGUGCAAUCGGAAGUGCUCGUGUGCUUUCGGCCUCACCCGUGUAUCCAGAGGGCAGAGCGAGCACAGCGGCACCCAGCGCUCCAGACCAGCGUCAUUCAUCCGAGCGGAGCUCCGUCACACCUGGUCGGACGGAGACGAACAGUUCGGCGUCUCAAACUCUCCUCGCAGAGCCGAGAGCCGAAACGGUCGUAUCCACUUCAACUUCGAGUUAACUUUCAAUUGUUUGGCGGGGGGGCGAAGCAAAAGGAGCAUGGCUACGGGCGGGUUUAAGCCAAACGCCACCACGGACUUUUUGGAGGAAUGGAAGGCCAAGCGGGAGAAAAUGAGAGCCAAAAUGCUGGGGGACAUAGCGGCGGCCACUGGGGCUCCCCUCGCCGGCGGCCCGGAGCGAGGCGCCCCCGCGGGAAACUGCCAGCCCCCCCCCUACUCGUUGGCACGGUCCUCCUCCGGCGGUGCUCUGAAGAGGCCGGAGGAGGAAGAGCACCACCCUGUCGCGCCCGCAGCCUCCCCGGCGAGCAACCUGAAGAAGGCCCCGCCUCAGUCUGACAUGACUCCGCGCGCCUCUCCGGACUCCUCUCAAAUGGCUUGCAAUGACAGCGACAAGGAGAGUCCAUCGCCCGGCAAGGGGAAGGACAAGAAGAGCGCCGGUCCCAGCGCGAGGAAGGGGAAAGGACAGAUCGAGAAGAGGAAGUUGAGGGAAAAGAGGAGAUCAACAGGUGUUGUCAGCAUACCGUCCAAUGAGGUGAGUCUCCCCUUCCGUGGGUUAGACACUUCGACUCCUGUGUGA